UUCAGUAGCGUUUUGCUGCUCGGGACGUGAACAUCGCCGCUCUCCUUUCUCUUGUCUCUCUCUCUCUCUCUGUAUAUAUAUAUAUAUUGCCCUCUGCACGAGAUAUAAUCUUGUCUGGAGAAUCAUCUGCGCGCCGGAGAUUUCGACUUUUGAUGUGGUCGCUUUUCAAAAAACGCCCCACUCUCCGCUCCAACGCCGGUUUUCUGAAACCUCUUGGCAUGUGAGCAAACUCUGGCAAUGAAACUCGUCGUCUGAUGGUUGGCAUCGGCUGCUGUGGCACACGGACGUUACCGGAGCACCUGCACUGAACAAGAUCAACCUCUCGCUAGGACAAGACCGACUACAUUCCUGAAGACCCCAAAGGUCCAGGAUGGGGAGUGCCACCCGUGCAUCCGGCCUUCUGGUCGUCAUUCUGCUCCACGUGGCGGGUUGUGGCAAAAGCUGGGCAGACCCCCUUGUGAAUAUGCGCAAGGUGACGCAUCAGGUGAUCCACGAGAAGCUGGCCGGCACCACCUUCCUUCCGUGUGUGUUUACUCUGCGCCCUAGCCCCUCCCAUGAGCCGCCCCGCAUCAAAUGGACCAAACUCUGGGGGCAGGGAGGCCCAGAUGGGAUGCGGAGGGAGCAGUCAGUGCUGGUGGCCAAGGACAACAUCAUCAAGGUGAAGAAGGCUUUUCAGGGCCGCGUCACCCUGCCUGGAUACCCAGAUAACCGCUACAAUGCCACUUUGGCCCUGACUGGUCUACGGUCUAGUGACUCGGGCAUGUACCGCUGUGAAGUGGUAGUUGGAAUUAAUGACGAACAGGACACAGUGCCCCUAGUGGUCUCAGGUGUUGUGUUUCACUACCGCGCAGCCCACGACCGUUACGCCCUGUCCUUUACGGAGGCCAAGCGCGUUUGUCUAGAAAAUUCCGCAGUCAUCGCCACGCCCGCUCAGCUGCAAGCCACCUUCGACGACGGCUACGACAACUGUGACGCGGGCUGGCUGUCCGAUCAAACCGUCAGGUAUCCAAUUCAGUCACCAAGGCCAGGUUGCUAUGGGGACAGAGAGGAUUCACCUGGUGUGAGGAAUUACGGUAGCAGGGCCCCAGACGAUCUGUUUGAUGUCUACUGCUACGCCGAGGAACUGAAGGGCGAGGUUUUCCAUGUCACCGUGCCCGAGAAGCUGAGCCUGGCCAAGGCCUCCAUACACUGCCACUCCCUGGGCGGUCAGCUGGCCACCGCGGGGCAGCUUUACCUGGCCUGGCAGUCGGGCCUGGACCGCUGCGACCCCGGCUGGCUGGCAGACGGCAGCGUGCGCUACCCCAUCAACCAGCCCCGCCGGAACUGCGGGGGGGACGAGCCGGGGGUGCGCACCGUCUACCUGAACCCCAACCGCACCGGCUUCCCGGACACGAUGACCUCCUUCGACGCUUACUGCUACAGAGAGACAGCAGCAGAAAAUCCAUCAGGACAAGCUGUGGGGCUUCUUCACUCCAGGACACCUUCUGUGAAUGACUCCACGGGAGCCGGGCAGAGCUUCCUGAGCUCUCAGCUAAGCGUGGCCUCAAACCAGCCCAGGCCCGAGCCUUCCACCUGGACUGGCUUGGUGGACCUGGACAAAGAAGGGACGGACUCCAUUAUGGGCAACGAGUCUGAGAUUUCAGAGGAACACGUGGUGAUCCAUCUCAGGUCGGAGCAGUCUCCCCUCGACUGGGCCGAGCAGCUGGGUGCAGAGGUACAGGCUCCCCAGGAGGUACUGGCUCCAAAAAUCACGACAGUCCUGCUACCUUCAGCACUGGAGAGCCUGGACACCCACGGAGGCUCUGCCAGGGAGGAGGAAGUAGAUGAAGAUCCUGAUGUGCGUUCAGAUUCAUCACUCCCACCGAUCUUCUCUACUCCCACCCCUACAGUCAAGACCCAGACCAGCAGCACUCUGAUUUCGAAUAUCAUGGGCUCCUUCAUAAGGCCCUGGAGGUAUCUGACGGGGUCUUCUGAGUCAGAAUCACUAUCCACACAGGCAACCCCGAGCACAGAGAGCCUAUUGGAGAACCAGGAACUGACAGAGUCGGGAAGGGGAACUCCACCAGGAGCGAAGGAUGAAUAUAGCAAAAGUAGCCACAAAAAUGCUAUAUUGGAGAGUUUCGGGGAACAGGAAUCACGCAGAGUCUCAGAAGGCUACGCAGCGGACUUAGAUGAGGAACUCUCUCAGUGGGAGAGGGAAAUCACCUCUGAGCCAAAGCACGGUGAUGCAGCUACAAAGACGAGUUGGAUGAAUCUGACUGGAAUCCCUACUGAGACUCCGGAAGCGCUCGAGACGGUCUCCUCAGGUGGAGUAAUUGUAUCAGAGCAUGCAGAGGUCACGAAUAUGACUGAAUCAUCUGACUUCUCUGGUCCUGGGAGUGUGCCAGUGUCGACCACUUCGCCAGGCAGCUAUGAUGCACCGAUACUUGACUCCACAACGGGAUGCGCACAAUGUUCUCAGGAAGGCCUUGUGGCAACCUCACUAACAACACAGAGCGAGGAGUACUUGGCAAUGACUCCAGCCAUGGGCAGCAUUCCUCAGACCAAUGCCCCAGUAGACUCCACAGUGGAUAUGUCAACAGAGCUGCCCAGACUAAUGGAAAACUUAUCUGAACCUCAUGACCAGGAUAAUGCUGCAGAGGAACUCCCUAAAUCUUUGGAGGCCAGGGCUGAAGCUGUUGAACUCUUGGUUUUACCCUCCUCUAAAGACAUCCCAGAUAAUUUCUCUGGAGAGGGGAAAGAUCAAGAAGAAGAGGUUGCCUACCCGCUUCCCAAAGAGCCUUUUCCAAAUGAUGCAUCACCUCAACCAGCCUCAGAAAGCUUCACCUCAGAAGUCGAGCAUGAGGCUGAAGGAAGUGGGAUGGGCCACGAGAUCAUCAUUGGAUCAAGCUCUGACAGUCACAUUGUCUCUGAAAACCCCUCAAAUCAUUCUCCUUCUUUACCGCCCACUUCUGCACCAACUGGCAGCCAGACAAUUAACCAGUACACCACCAUCAGGCAGUGGGAGAUGGAAGAUCAGCCAACCACAUCACCUCACGUUAGCACUAACUCCACUAACCCACAGCAACACGUAAUUGAAGAGGUUGCCACAGAGAUAAGAGAAGAGAUUCUUUUUACUAGUCUGCCUUCUAGCAACCCAGAAAGCACCACUUCCAGCAGAGACAGUAUGAAUGAAUAUGAAAAGCCCGUGGACAUGUCAACAACAUCGGAUGCGUGGUUAACCACAGAGGUUCCUGUCACAGGGCUUCUCUCCACCAACAGGAUACCAACAGAAAAUUUACUGACAAAUGAAUCAAAAGAUGGUGUGACUGAAGUUCCUUCAGAGAAUGAUACCGAGUCAAUUGCAGAUCUCAAUAGCUCCUACUCAUUGGUAGCAACGGAGAAGGUAACCUUUGGUACCGAAGACCUCCAGCAUUAUGUCUCAGAGGUGCUUUUAGGUUUUGAGAAGUCCGAUUCUGGCACUACCUCAGAGGAACCAACCAUAUUGACACCAAGUCUCAGGGAAAUUGCCCACAAUGCAGAGUCUCAAUCCACAGAGUUGUUGGCUGUCGUGAUGCAGACCGGGGCGACUCCAGCCCCAGAAAUCAGUUUGCCUACUGACAGAACUCACCUUCUGACUGUCAGAGUUCAGUUCCCCAGCAACACAGGAGUUGAGGACUGGCCCAGUUCUGAACUCAGCUUGGAUAACGAAACUAAGACCACCGCAGCUGAGGACAACCCCUGCCAGACCAACCCCUGUCUUCAUGGAGGGAGCUGCCUGCCUGAAGGGAAGGGCUACAGCUGCUACUGCCCGCAGGGAUACUCCGGGGAGAGCUGCGAGAUCGAUAUCGACGACUGUCAAUCAAAUCCAUGUCAGAACGGAGGCACCUGCAUCGACGAGAUUGACUCCUUCGUCUGCUUGUGCCUGCCUAGUUACGGAGGGGCCACGUGUGAGAAAGACACAGAGGGCUGCGAACACAACUGGAGGAAGUUUCACGGCCACUGUUACCGUGCCUUCAGCCACCGGCACACCUGGGAGGAUGCCGAAAAGGACUGCCGGGAACACCGCGGCCAUCUGGUCAGCAUCCACUCAUCGGAAGAGCAGGACUUCGUCAAUGACCUGAGCCACGAGAACACCUGGAUUGGCCUGAAUGACCGCACCGUGGAGGACGACUUCCAGUGGACGGACAACAUGGCUCUGCAAUACGAGAACUGGAGGGAGAACCAGCCGGACAACUUCUUUGCGGGUGGCGAGGACUGCGUGGUGAUGAUCGCCCACGAAAAUGGGAAGUGGAACGACGUGCCCUGUAACUACAACCUGCCCUAUAUCUGCAAGAAGGGCACAGUGCUGUGCGGAGCGCCUCCUACUGUGGACAAUGCAUUCCUGAUUGGCCGGAAGCGGCCCCACUACGACAUCCACUCGGUGGUGCGUUACCAGUGCGCCGACGGCUUCCUCCAGCGCCACGUGCCCACGGCCAAGUGCCGCGCCAAUGGGAAGUGGGACCGGCCCAAGAUCAUCUGCACGAAGCCUCGGCGAUCCCACCGCUACCGGCGCCAUCACCACAAGUCCCGGCACGAGCGGCGGAAGCACAGGAAGCAUGGCGCCGGCGGUCACCACGGUGACGAGGACGGCCGCGGUCACUAUUAAACGGAAGUGCCCCGCCGCCUGCCGCGCUGGCCCAGAGCCCCAGCUUCUCCCCCUCCCCACCCUGGCCCCGCCUCUCGGGGUCAAGCUGCCACUUCAGCUCGACCGGGAGGCUUGAGAGGGGACCGCCAGGCCUGCAGGGGACUAUAGCAAGCCUUUCCUCCGCCCUCAUCCUCAUUUUUCCCUUCCCCAUUCCGUCUCAGACUUUAAAGAAUCCGUCCCCUUUACCCUCUCGAUUAUUCCAGAUCGUUCCUCCCUUUUUCUAAGGCCACUGUUCGUCUUUAAUAUUCAUUUUACGGUAGAGGAUGGAAUUUAGUAAACAGCUAGUUGUAAAUACUGUAUCCUUCUCAGAGGUGCAGCAUUCAGGUCCAGUAAGUAUAAAUCCAGACCAAGGUUUUGUUCCAACCAACCAGUUAAAUACCCUACGAAUGUGACUCUUUAGGCUCAGCUGGUUGGUUGAAACGAAACCUUGGUCUGGAUUUGUACUUCCGGGACCUGAACUUUCCACCCCUGAUAUUUCUUCACAUGUGCAGAGUGUCAGGCCAGAGAGCUGAGGCAGGCGUGCGUUUGCACGCUCGUGGCCCUUUAGCACUGACUUAAUUUCUUUCUGGACAUCGGUGUGGCCCUUAAAGUGACGGUUUUUGCUUUGCUUAUUUUAAAGAUGGACGUCUCAUCGCGAUUCAACCCAGAGGGUGUUUUUUUUUUGUAUCUCAUAUCGCUUUUAAACCUCCCCUGUUCUCUUCAAGAAGAGUAGUCGUACAUACUAGAUCUCUCUCAGUUCGCUGCUGUAUCUUUGCAUCACAAAGCGUAAUACUCAGACACCAGUAAGAAUGUGGAUUAGUGAAAGUAUCCAGUCUGAGAUCUUUAACAGCAGCGUCGGGUCUAUUCGCUUGGGUUCGGCUAUGGGAAUGAAGCGAUCUCAUGCAUGGGAGACCUUUCACCGCGGCCCCGCUGAGGACCCCAUGGAAGGUGAAGGCAGUGUGGAGCAGAAGGAUGAAGGGUGGAACAGUGUGAGGCAUCACAGAGAGGGCAGCUGGGGGGGGGAAUGGGCACAUGUAUCUGAGACGUGGUGGGGGCCAUGGUCUGAAGCUCUACAGAAGGGCUUGACCGCUUUGGACAAGUAAAGUACGCAUGGAUAGAGGGAGCUUCAGGUUCUGCGUAACCUCUCCAUGAAACCUGCCUUCCUGACAUCAAGCCGGAAUUACCGGUUCAGCCCCUUUCCAAGCCAUCCAGGGUCUUUCUGCUGCCUCUGUGCCUCAUGGAAUAAUGGGGAAUCAGGCUGAACGUCUGCACAGUCAAUCUUAAUACAGCCCGUUCAAUAAUUUAUACGCUGUAUCUCUGCAGCAUCUGUCACUCAGAGCAAUAAGAGGCUGUUUCUACCUGCAUUUCUGAUAUUUGUAUUUCCCAGAUUUUAUAUAGUGACAUCACAAUGGCCGCAGCGUGAUUGAUUCCUGCGGGGUACAAUUCAGCCGGCAGGCUUAGGUUCCACCUGUCAGUCAUCAGCACGGAAACGCUGCCACUGAAAAGAAUUAGCCAGAAGGCGAAUCGGGGGGGACUUACAGGGGCUCUGCAGCCAGACCAGAGAGCGAUCGAUCAAAUUUGGGUGCAAAUUUGGCGCGGAUCUUCAUAGCCAGAUUGUUGGCAGAUGACUCUGAGACGCAUCGUUGCUAUUAAAAGUGACUCAGCGUCCCUUAUGUGCUCCCCCCUCACACCCACCCUCCCACCACAGGCAUUUUCAGACUCCCCAGUUGAGGUCUCAAAAGGCAGACAAGCGGCCUCAGACGAGACAGUCUGAUUGCACACUCUGAUUAUGAAGAUGAAGCACUAAAUAGGAGCUGCUCUUAGCCCCGGGGCGAGACUUCAAAAGCCAGCUGCGGCUUUCCUAGCGGCAUGGCUUUCAUCCCGCUUUGCGCCGCCCGCUCGCCGCGCCGCCAUUCACAGUUCGUUCACGAGCCGCGAGAGAGCCAGCUCCUUAACGAGUCUGCUUUGACGCUCACCACUGUCUUCAUCCCUUCCUUUAUCGGCCGUGAGUGUCUCAGAUGUGUCGCCGGGGCGUGUGUUUUAGUGGUAAGACUGGAUUUACAGCACAGCUCCGUCGCAAGCGUAAUUACCGCCAGCGAUGGGCGAGAGCUGUUGGCCUAAUAUGAUCCUAUAGGGGUUGAUCCCUGCCCACACCAUCGUAAAAAUAAAAGAUUAAUGUUCGGAAGCAGAAGAUGAAGGAGACUUUUGGCCUGCUGUCAGCGCUAGUAGGCGACACAGGUGUGGGAAAAUAGGACAGGGAUGUGGCAAGUAGUCACGAGAGCCCGGCGAGACACCAUUCCCUCUGUUUAAUAUAGGCUUUUCACGAGUACCGUAGAUCCAUCAAUGACUACAGCAGAGCUCCUUGGUUUUUUCUGGGUUAUGAACGUGGCAGGACCCGAUGAGCACGGCUCCCAUGUGAGCUAACAGCUAAGCUAGCGGCAGGCUGAGCUGUGUCACCUGCCACUGCAGCAGCGAUCGGCAUCCCCAACAGCCCCC